AUGUCUUCCACUGACGCCACCAACCAGCCCGCUGCCGCCGAGGCCGUCAACCUCGUCAAGGAUGACGUCACCGGCGAGAUGGUCUCCAAGUCCGAGCUCAAGCGCCGAAUGAAGCAGCGCGAGAAGGAGGCCAAAAAAGCGUCCAAGGCGGCCGAGGCCCCCGCGCAGAACCCUGCCGCUGCUGCCAGGUCCGCUGCCGCUUCUGAGGAGGACCUCAACCCCAACCAGUACUACGAGCGUCGAUUCCGAACCAUCGCCGCUCUGCGCGAAUCCAAGAACCCCGACCCGUACCCGCACAAGUUCCAUGUCUCGAUCUCGCUCUCCGAGUUCAUCAGCAAGUACGAGGGCAAGGUUGAGGCUGGUCAGCACCUCGAAAACGAACAGGUCAGCAUCGCCGGCCGUCUCCACAACAUGCGCUCUGCCGGUCAGAAGCUUCGCUUCUACGACCUGCACGGCGAGGGCGUCAAGGUCCAGAUCACCGCCCAGCUGCAGGACCACACCGACGGCGACUUUUUCGCCAUCCACGACCUCCUCCGUCGUGGUGACAUUGUCGGUGUUACCGGUAUUCCUGGCAAGACCAAGAAGGGCGAGCUGUCCAUCUUCCCUCGCUCCAUUCAGCUCCUCUCGCCCAACCUUAAGAUGCUCCCCAAGGCGUCUCAGGGUGACAAGGGUGGUUUCACCGACACUGAGCAGCGUCACCGCAAGCGAUACCUUGAUCUCAUCAUGAACAACCACGUCCGCGACAUCUUUGUCAAGCGUGCCAAGAUCAUCAACUAUGUGCGACGCUUCCUCGACAACCUCGGCUUCCUCGAGGUCGAAACGCCCAUGAUGAACCAGAUCGCCGGUGGUGCCACCGCCAAGCCGUUCGUCACCUAUCACAACGACCUCAAGCUCGACCUGUUCAUGCGCAUCGCCCCCGAGCUGUUCCUCAAGGAGCUCGUCGUCGGUGGUCUCGACCGUGUCUACGAGAUUGGCCGUGUCUUCCGAAACGAGUCGAUCGACCAGACCCACAACCCGGAGUUCUCCAUCUGCGAGUUCUACAUGGCCUACGCCGACAUGUACGACCUGAUGGACAUUACCGAGUCGAUGAUCUCGGGCCUGGUCAAGGCCGUCACUGGCUCGUACAAGAUCAAGUACCACCCGGACGGUAAGGACGUCGAGGGCGGACGCGAAUACGAGAUCGACUUCUCCACUCCUUGGAAGCGCUUCGACAUGAUCAAGGAGCUCGAGGCCAAGAUGAACGUCACCUUCCCUCCUGCCGACCAGCUGCACACCGAGGAGACGCGCAAGUGGCUGUCGGACCUCGCGGCCAAGCACAACGUCGACUGCUCCGAGCCGCGCACUUCGUCGCGUCUGAUCGACAAGAUGACGGGAGAGUUCAUCGAGACCCAGUGUAUCAACCCUUCGUUCAUCGUGGGGCACCCACAGGUCAUGUCGCCUCUGGCCAAGCGCCACCGUGACAUCCCCGGUCUGUGUGAGCGCUUCGAGGCGUUUGUGGCUACCAAGGAGAUCUGCAACGCCUACACCGAGCUGAACGACCCCUGGGUGCAGAGGGCCAACUUUGAGGAGCAGAGCCGCCAGAAGGAUCAGGGCGAUGACGAGGCACAGGGCAUCGACCAUGUCUUUAUCGAUGCUCUCGAGCACGGUCUGCCGCCUACCGGUGGUUGGGGUCUGGGCAUUGACCGUCUCGUCAUGUUCCUGACCGACUCGAAUUCCAUCAAGGAGGUGCUGGCAUUCCCGGCCAACAAGCCCCUGCCAAACGAGAACAAGCCCCAGCCCGUUCCCUCGCUCGAGGGCGAGCCGUCCGCCUGA